CAUUAGGAGCUACACUUACCAUCAAAGUAGAAGAAGUCUGUGGUCCAAUGCAAUCAUUUGUGUGGUGUGGGUAUAGGAAAGGUGUUGACUGUUGGCUGCUAAACAUACUCACAGACAGUAGAUAAAUACAGGCCAGGAACCAAACAUGUACACGUGUGAUGUCUGUGAUAUAGAGUUUAGUGACUCCUCUCAGCUAGAGGUACACACCAAGACUCAUACAGGCCAGGAACCCAACAUGUACACGUGUGAUGUCUGUGAUAAAGAGUUUAGUGACUCCUCUCAGCUAGAGGUACACACCAGGACCCAUACAGGCCAGGAACCCAACAUGUACACGUGUGAUGUCUGUGAUAAAGAGUUUAGUGACUCCUCUCAGCUAGAGGUACACACCAGGACACAUUCAGGCCAGGAUCCAAAUCCAUACAUGUAUAAUGGUGUUCGUGGUCAAGAUAUCAUAUCUCGGGGAAAUCAACACACCCUAACCCAUGCUGAACGAAAGCCAUACAAGUGUGAUGUUUGUGGUAGGGGGUUCAGUCGGACAUCUGAUGUAAAAAGACAUUUCAGGACACAUACAGGAGAGAAACCAUACAAAUGUGAUGUCUGUGAUAAGGAAUUCAGCCAGGCAACUUCCUUGCAGAGUCACUUCAGGACACACACUGGAGAGAAGCCUCAUAAAUGUGAUGUGUGCGGCAAGAAUUUUGGACGCACAUCCAAUCUACAGAAACACAUGAGAACACAUACUGGAGAAAGACCUUACAAGUGUGGUGUGUGUGGCAGGGCAUUUGGUCAAUCGGCCAACCUACAAUCACACCUCAUGAUACACACAGGGGAGAAGCCAUACGAAUGUGAUAUCUGUGGUAAGGAGUUUACGCAGACCAACGACCUUAAAAUGCACCUCAGGACACACACAGGGGAGAAGCCCUGCAAGUGUGUUGUCUGUGGUAAGGGGUUUAGUUCCUCUUCUAGCCUUCAUAGACAUCUUAGGACACACACCGGGGAGAAGCCACACAAGUGUGAUGUCUGCGGCAAAAGUUUCAGUGAAUCAGGACAUCUAAGUAAUCAUAUACGCACACACACGGGAGAGAAGCCAUACAAGUGUGACGUCUGCGGUAAGGAGUUCAGGCAGACCAACGACCUGAAGAUCCACCAGAGGACACACACAGGAGAGAAGCCCUACAAUUGUGAGGUCUGUGAUAAGAAAUUUUGUUCAUCUUCUGGCCUCCACAAACACAUCAGGACUCAUACACCUGAAGCACCAUACAAGUGUGAUUUUUUAUAUGGGGUUGAUAAAUUUCCUGUCUAAUCUAUGGUCGUCACAUUCACAUCGGAACAUGGAGAAGAAACAAUAUAAGUUUGAUUGAUUAAGAGUUUCAGCUUAUUAGCCAACAGAGACACACCAGAGCUCGUUAGAUCUAGACCACACUGGUAACCCCUGAAUUCAAUCAUGUAUUCGUUAGUUCGUGUCAGCAUGUCACAUAUCCUAGAUUUAUGGCUCACAUCAAAUAUAAAAAAGGCACAUCUAAUAUAACGGCGACAGUCUGGAUAUAAAAGUUGUUCUAAUAUAAAAAAAAAUGUGUUGAAAUAAAUGUCGUUGUCCGAAAAUACUCGUCAAACUUCUAAUAAUUAGGAUAUCGGUGAGCAGAUUAGUUGUAACAGGGUUACCAGUGCCAAGUGCCUCAUCGUAUUGGAGUACAGAGACAUGAGCUUGUACACCAGAGCUUGUUAGAAGAGAAACCAUACAAGCUAUUCAGCUUAUUAGCCAACAGGGACAUACCAGAGCUCGUUCGGAGAGAAACCAUACAAGUUUGAUUGAUUUAUAGCGACUCCUCCUUUUGGCCAACAGACACAUGUACACCAGGACUGGUCAGGAGAGAAACUUGUACAAGUGUAUAAAAUACAGUGUAUCAGAUCUAGUGUUUAUCUGAGAGCACCUGCUAUGUAGGUAGUUGGUUUGGAGUACUUUGUUGGCACAAAAGUUUAAACAAAAUUCUACACCAUUAUCAAUGAAUCUCUUCAUAUCGCCGCAUAGAGUAUUAUUUGUUAAGCAUUGAACUGCUUUCAGUUGGCAUUCAUUGUCAAUAUGAAAGCCAACUGGAACAUGACUAAUUCCAUGCCAACUGAAAAGCAGUUCAAUAAAUGUACCAUUUCUAAUACAUAUUGUUACCAAGCAAACAUACAUAUUUACCAGGUAUGUUAUGUACCAAAAUUUCAACAGCUCGUUCAAACAAGUGUUAGUGUGUGCUAACUUGAUAAAUAGAACAGCCGUCUUCUAGGGGGUUGUCAUCGGUAAUGGUAUCCAACAUUUAAAUUAUGAUGACACAUUAAUAUAAGGAUGACGUCAACAAGUGAGCCAUGUCAUUCAUAGGUAAUAUGAAUGCCAUCUACACUAGGUAGGGUUAUAUAUGUAGUAGCAGUGCCAUAGAGUGGUUGAUAUUUAACUUUGAUCAUGAUCAUUGAACUAAUUUUUUUGUAUCAUUCCAUUUGUUGUUUAGACUAUGCACCAAGCAUGUAUUUGUUAAGAAAGGUGAUUAAGGUACAUGUGUGUG